AUGGCUUCGAACCUGGAUGGAAUAAAUAAAAAAUGGUCGGAAGAAUUGAACAAUUAUGUUGAAAAUAAAGAAGCCAAUAAGUGAGUUUAUAAAGCCACGCUAAAUACGCGCGAAGUUCAAUAGAGCGCAAUAAAUGAAAAUAUUGCAGGAUCUUGCCAGAGGCGGGUAAACGCAACAUUCUCAUCACCGCUGCUCUUCCAUAUGUCAAUAAUGUUCCGCAUUUGGGAAAUAUCAUUGGAUGCGUGUUGAGUGCCGAUGUUUUUGCGAGAUAUUGUAAACUUCGGGGUCACAACACUUUUUAUGUUGGUGGAACUGAUGAAUAUGGAACUGCAACUGAAACAAAAGCUUUACAAGAAGGCGUAACACCUCGAGAAUUGUGUGAUAAAUAUCAUGCGAUUCAUAAACAAAUCUAUGAAUGGUUUGGAAUUGAUUUCACUCAUUUCGGAAGAACAACAACUGAUGAUCAAACUGAAAUUUGUCAAGACAUGUUCUUGAAAUUACACAAAAAUGGUUACACAUCAACGCAAUCUGUGGACCAAUUGUUCUGCGCUCAUUGCGAUAAAUUCCUCGCUGAUCGUUUUGUCACCGGAAUCUGCCCAAAUUGCGCAUACGACGAUGCUCGAGGUGAUCAAUGUGAUGGAUGUGGAAAACUUAUCAAUGCCGUAGAGCUAAAAGAACCCAAGUGUCAUAUGUGUAAAAAACGCCCAGAAGUUAGACAAUCCACUCACAUCUUCUUGGGAUUGGAUAAAUUGCAAGCUAUGACAACUGCUCAUUUAGAUAAAGAAUUAGCAAAAGAAGACAAUCGCUGGUCAGCAAAUGCUGUUGGAAUUACCAAAAGUUGGAUGAAACUUGGAUUGGAUCCACGUUGUAUCACAAGAGAUCUGAAAUGGGGAACUCCUGUUCCUUUAGAUGGAUUUGAGAAAAAGGUAGUGCCUAUAAAAAAAACAUCAUUCAUUAGGAAUAUAGAGUAAUUCUUCUUUGAUACAUUGCUCGCUUAUAUCUUCUGCUGGAGAUUUCAUUAACACAUAUCGAUCCGUAAUUCUCCCACUCGGUGGAGAUACAUUAAUCUUUACAUAUUGUGUAAAACUACAAAUCUUCUUACAAUUUGGGCAUUUCAAUUUCAAAUCCUGUUGCCUCAAACCAACAACUCGUUUCAAAACACUCAUAUUUUCUUCGCAUUUACUACAUGGCAUUCGUUUGGGUAUAUUGUAGAUGUUGUUGUUCCACAAGACUUGAAUUGUCUGAGGUUGAUUUUCAUUGAGUGCGGCGAGAAGUUGAUUUUCGAUAUCCUGAAGAUUCUCGAAAAUCAUAUUUGAAACAAUAAAUCGUAUCUUACCAGUAACUUCGCCACAUUUUGCUUCUUCCCUCGAAUAAUUACAUUAUUAUCCGAUGGAAGAUUUCUAUAAAAAUCCGAAUUUUCCGUGGGCCAGAAGAGUUCAGGAAACUCAUUAUCGAUUUUAGCUUUUUCUUGACAAUUUAGAGGUGAUGAAAAUAUCUGAAAUCAAGUUUUUUGUUCAUUAAUUUGUUCAUAAAAAUUUCUUCAAACUCACUAGUUUCCUCCUCAAAUUUCGAUAAAGUUCUGGAUUUGAAGUGGACAAUUUUUGAUCUCCAUAAAUCUCCGGCAAUCUUUUCAAUUCAGCAAAACCCUCAUAUUUCUUGAAAACUGUGUCAUGCUCAAAAUUCUUCGAAAACUCAAAGAUAUCAUGCAUAAGUAGAAGAUCUUCUGAAUUUUCAUCGAUAUGUGAUUUUUCCACUGGUUGUUUUUCCAUUUUCUUCAAUACUGGCAAAUCCUCAAACUUUUCAUUAUUUUCUUCAAUUUCAGCUUUAGGUUUCAAAAAUUCCGUUACUUCUUCAUUUGUAGGUUCUGGUAAUAUAGGAGUAACAGUUAUCUGCAAAAAUCAGGAUCAAACUAAGAAAUUUGAGCCAAACUCACUAAACGCGACAAAUCCAUAGUUUUUUGAAAAAUACAUUGAUUAUUUUUUACGAGAACAUGUGUAUCUACAGUAACCAAAAUUUCGCGGUGAGACACACAAAGUUUUGAUUUUUGUGUGUUCCUUUAAUUUGUGUUUGAAGUUUCGUGAAUAAUACUUAUUGUGAUUUUUUCUUUUCGUCUCUCAAUUUUAGUGUAAUUUUAAAGGCGUAUUGAAAUUUUCUGUAUAUGUGACGGUGUAACUUUAAAUGUUUUUGUUAGGAAAUUCCUCCAUUUGUAAUUUCAAGUGAAAUUUUUAUAUAAAAAUCUCAAAAUAUGCCACUAGAAAAUUAAGAAAAGUCUUUAUCCCGCUUCCGGAAAAUCUUAAUUUUUUCCAGGUUUUUUAUGUGUGGUUCGAUGCUCCAAUCGGAUAUCUUUCAAUCACAAAAACCGUGCUCGGAAAUGAUUGGGUGAAAUGGUGGAAGAAUCCAGACAACGUGGAAUUGUUCAACUUCGUAGGCAAAGACAACGUGGCAUUCCACGCUGUCAUGUUCCCUUGUUCACAACUUGGUGCAAAUGACAAUUAUACAGUCGUCAAUAAUUUGUGCGCCACUGAAUAUUUGAAUUAUGAGGACACGAAAUUCAGCAAAUCUCGUGGCACUGGUAUUUUCGGAGACGCUGCUAAAGAAACUGGAAUUCCUGCGGAUAUCUGGCGAUUUUAUUUGCUUUAUAUGAGACCUGAGAGUCAGGACACCGCUUUCAGUUGGGAUGAUUUUGUGCUGAAAGUAAGUUUUUUCACCAGUUUACCAAGAACUGAAAAUUUCUCUCGAAGAAGUGUGUGAAUUGAGAUUUCCAAUGAGAGUUUUUCACGCUUAUUUUUACUUCAGGUCAACAGCGAACUUCUCAAUAAUCUCGGAAACUUUGUCAACCGUGCUCUCUCAUUCCUCGCCAACAAUUUCGAUGGAAAAUUGCCCGAAAUGAAUCUCACAGAAGAAGAUUCGCAAGUUCUUGCUGACAUCGAAGAAGAAUGUAUUCAAUGGGAUAAACAAUUUGAUGGAGUACACUUGAAAGAUGCAGUCAAAACUAUUCUCAAUGUUUCUCGUCGUGGAAAUCAAUACAUGCAGGCACAAACACCGUGGGUUUUGAUGAAAGGCGAUGCUGCGCAAAAAUCUCGUGCUGGCACAAUUAUCGGAAUCGCUGCAAAUAUCGCAUAUCAUUUGUCAAUUCUUCUUCAUCCAGUUAUGCCACAAAUUUCUUUGACUAUUCGACAACAAUGUGGAUUAGAGAAAUUACCAUUAUUUUCUGCUUUUCCAAGAUGUUAUUUGAAACCUGGACAUGUUAUUGGAAAACCUUCGCCAUUAUUUGCCAAAAUUGAUGCAGCUCAAGUUGCUGAGUUCAAAGCGAAAUUUGGUGGAGAUGGAAGUGUUGCGCCGGUUGAGAAGGAAAAACCAAAGAAAAACGCGGGAAAAGCUGAAAAACCAAAGAAAGGAGAUGAUAAAAAGGAGAAGAAUAAUGAGAAAAAAGAAAAAGCUGGUAAGUUUGCACUUUUUAAUUUUCUGGAACUUCUAUCACCGUGUUUUCCAUAGAACUCUUGAGAGAUAAAAUUGAGCGAAUCUAGAAUUGGACUUCGUGACUGUGAUCAGCAGACUAAAAACAAAUUGAUAAAUUAUUUUUUCGCGAAUCUCAUUCUCUCAAGAUUUUCCAAAUGAAACACGGCGAAUAUCUUGAUUUUGGAAAACAGAAAAAUCCAUAAAUUCUGCAGGCCCAUAGUUAAAUUUUUUGUAGGGAUGGAGAAGAAGGAGACAAUUCAGACAAGGCUGCCGGAUUUUUUGGAUUUUUCUUUUUUUUUUCUCAAUGUCUUUCUUUUUUGGCUUCUUUUUAUUCUCAAACCGUUUUUCAGUUACCUUUUUAACCCUAUGUGUUUUUCAGCCAAAAUGUCAGCUCGCGUCUUCCCAACACUCGCCAAAAAUGAGACAGUCAUUCGUCAAUUGUUGGAGGGAAAUUUGAAGAAAUUCGAACAGGCUCGCCAAAUUUUCCAAGCUAAACAGUUAGCCCAACUCGAGGCUGAAAACAAGAAAUUGGAGGCUGAAAUUAGCUCAUUGACAAAACAAUUGGAACAAGCUGAAGUUGCUGGUGGAAGUGAGCAUUUUUAUUUGAUAAUUAGUGUAAAACAAAUUAAUUAAAAAAUUGAUUUUCAGUCAAACAAGUUGCUCGACCAAAAAUUGCUGCAUCUUCUUCAGCAGCUCCAGCUCCAACUCCGGCGAAAGCUUCAGCUCCAGCCUCAGCACCAGAAAAAGCUGCACAAAAAGCUCCAGCUCCAUCCGCUGCCAAAAAAGGUGGAAAAGCUGCAGCACCUGCAGCCGCAGCUGAUGAUACAAUUGACAUUGGAAGACUUGACUUGAGAGUUGGAAGAAUUGUGAAAUGUGAAAAACAUCCAGAUGCUGAUGCAUUGUAUGUUGAACAAAUUGAUGUUGGAGAAGAACAACCUAGAACUGUUGUUUCCGGUUUGGUUAGACAUGUUCCAUUGGAUCAGGUGAGGAUUUUCAAGCUGACAAUGGGGGGAUGCAUUUUUAUUAUUCAAAAUUUUGAAAUGUUCAUAAAUUAAAAUAAAAUUCCAAAUUGCCACGUCUGAAGUUCACGUUUUUUUUCAUUUUUUUUUUCGUUAAAACAACUUUAUUUUUCAGAUGCAAAAUCGUUUGGUAGUAGUUCUGUGCAAUCUAAAACCAGCCAAAAUGCGUGGAGUCGAAUCUCGUGCCAUGGUAAUGUGUGCUUCUUCUCCGGAAAAAGUCGAAAUAAUGGAAGUGGAUCCAUCAACAACUCCAGGAACAAUUGUAACUUGUCCACCAUCAAUUCAUCGACCAGAUGCACAAUUAAACCCGAAAAAGAAGAUCUGGGAAACUGUGGCUGAAGAUUUGAAGGUUUCACCAGAAGGAUUUGCCGCCUGGAAAGGACAACCUCUUUUGGUUGGAGGAAGCACCAAAAUGACUGCACCAACUUUGAGAGGAGUUUUUGUUAAGUAAUUAAUUAAUUAGUUGACUGAUUAUUAUUUGCUUUUUUGGAUUUUUUCUAGAGUUUUGGUUUGUUUUUCUUUUCUUUAAUAUAUAUUUUCACCGGUUUUCUUCAAAAUAUCAUAAAUUUAUUGUUUGUUUUUUUCAAGAUUUUUUUUUGGAAAAAAUGCGUUUUUAUCGCGCUUGGAUAUUUGAUAUUGAUAUUUUUUGGAAAAAGCUAAAUUCUGAAAUUCGUAUUUUUUUUGAAUAGAAUGUUGAUUUUUUAAACUUACCGAAAAAUUCGGCGAAAAUACUCAAGAAAGAAUUUUCUUCAAAACUUUCUCCAAAAAUUCCCUCAUUUUUUCCAGAAAAUGGGCAAAAAGAAAGCACUCGAUGAUGCACGAUUUUCGCGAAUCAAAUCCGAUCCGAUUUUCUCGGGUCUCAAAAGCACCGAACGUAAAGUUGUGAUUGAUAAAAGAUUUGCGGCUGCGUUGACGGAUGAGAAAUUUUCGACAAGGUCAAAAGUUGAUAUGCGAGGACGGAAACAAAAAAAUAUUGUUGGUGAGUUCGAGUUUCAUUUCAAAAUAAAAAUUUUGGGGGAAAAUCAAUUAAUUAGCAUCCUUAUUAAUUGUUGAUAAUUGAUGAAUAUCAUUUUUCUGCUGUGCAUUUUCAUCAGUGGAUUUUUUGGUAAAAAAACUAAAAAUCUUUCAUUUUUCUUAGAAUUAGGCUCUACCCGAAAAUCUCUUAUUUAACUCACCUCAUGUAUGUUUGCCGAUACGGUGUUACAAAAUAUAAAUAAGUUAGUGGUGAAAAUAAUGGCAUAAAUAGAAAUAUACUGAAAAUCGAGAACUCAACAAUCGGGCUACUGAAAUUUUUGAGCUGCGAAAACAUCCGUAAAAAUGCGCUAGCCAAUCCGAAAAGUGGAACUAUAGUUUGCCACGUCAAACAUUGUAAAAGUUGAGAAUGCAAAUUCUUAGUCUCCUUAGAUAGGUGAUUUAGAGAUUUGUUAAGCUUAUGAAUAAUUUUCCGACGAAUGAAAAAUGUGAUAAUAUAUAAUGGAAACCCGGAAAUACUGGUAUUCAAAGUUGUUAAAAUACACGGAAAAUUAAAAUAAUCAUUAAUGAGUGAAAUUGUAUUAUCACUGAAAUCAUAUUGAGGUAAUUCAAUUCGUGCAUAGAAUCUAGCGGUAUCUUGAUCUAAUAAUUUCGGAAUUAAUAGUAUGAAUUGAAGAAAACAUGGGGAAUAAAUCAAGAAUAAUAUCAUAACUAUUUUGAAUCUCGAAACCGCCGAAUUCCCCAGAAUAUAAAGUCUAUAGCAAAAAGAAAACACCAAAGAAAAAAUACUGUAAGGAAUAAGAUGAAGAAAUAAACUGGUACCAAUUCGACAGGCGGUUUGACCAAAAUAUUGACAAGAUCCAUAGUAAACAUAGAAGUUUAUAAACUUAUUAGCAACUGGAAUUAACCGAAGUUCAAUGAAUAUGUCGGUCAAACAUUCGAAUAAAUCAGUAAUUGCAAAAUUGAUUAUAAUUGUGACAUAUGAAUGCAUUUGUUUAGGAGAUUUGAAAAUACAAAGAAAAAUUAGGGAAAGAUUUAGAAAACAUCCAAUUAGGCAAAAUAAAUAGUGCCAAAUUGUGAAAAGAGUUUCGAUCAUUUUUUAGAGAAAAUGUGACUGGCUUGGUGAGAGAAAAUUAGAUUUUCUAAUUAUCAGGUUGGAGAACUACACAUGAUCAAAGAAACAGCUUUGUAAGCUUGACGCAAGCCUGACAUAAAAUCAUGAGUUAAAUUUGGUUUUGAACUUUUGAAUAAAAUCUGACAAAGUUUUUUUAAAGAAAAAUUUAAUGAAUCAAAAGAUUGUCAAUAUUUCAAACUGAGAAUUUUUUAUUAUCCGAAAUUCAAAAUAAAAUUAAAGAACAGUUUGUUCAAUUGUUGAUUUUGUUUCCGUGAUUUUGAGUUCCAUUUCCUUCCUCUUUAUUAUUUUUUUUCUUCUUGAAUAAUCCCAUAAAAGUUUGUCGAAACGGAGUUACAAAAUAUAAAUAAGUUAGUGGUGAUAAUAAUGGCAUUAAUAAAAACACACUAAAAAUCGAGAAUUCAAUGAAGGGGCUGCUGAAGUUUUUAACUAGCGAAAAUAUAUGUAAAACUGCGCUGGCCAAUCCGAAAAGUGGAACUAUAGUUUGCCACGUCAAACAUUUCAAAAGCUGAGAAUGAAGUAAUUUGGUCUCUUUUGAUAGAUGGUCUAGAGACUUAUUUAGCUUAUAAAUAAUUUUGCGACGGACGAAAAACAUGAUAAUAUAUAGAGGAAAUCCGGAAAGACUGGUAUUGAUUGUUGUAAACAUACAUGAAAAAUUAUUAUAAUCAUUAAUGAGUGAAAUUGUGCGAUCACUGAAAUCAUAUUGAGGUAAUUCAAUUUUAGCGUAAAAUCUUGCUGUAUCCAGAUUUAAUAAAUUUGGAAUGAAUAGGAUGAAUUGGAGAAAACAUGGGGAAUAAAUCAAGAAUAAUAUCAUAACUAUUUUGAAUCUCGAAACCGCCGAAUUCUCCAGAAUGUAAAGUCUAUAACAGAAUGAAACGACUAAUGAAAAAAUACUGUAGGGAAUAAAAUGAAGCAAUAAGCUUGUACCAAUUCGGCAAGAUAUUUGACCAAAAUAUUGACAAAACCCAUAGUAAACAUAGAAAUUGGAAACUUUAUAAGGAACUGGGAUAUUUGCCUACGUUGAAUGAAUGUAUCGGUCAAACAUUCAAACAAAUCAGUAAUUGCAAAAUUGAUUAUAAUUGUGACAUAUGAAUGCAUUUGUUUAGGAGAUUUGAAAAUACAAAGAAAAAUUAGGGAAAGAUUUAGAAAACAUCCAAUUAGGCAAAAUAAAUAGUGCCAAGUCAUGAAUAUGAAUUCUAUCAUUUUUAAGAAGGUUAUAGAUUUUUGAGUAGAAACUAAUAUUUGAGUGGGGCAGAAAAUUUAAUUAUUGGCUUUGGCAUAACGUCAAAAGCACACCUGAUCAAAAAACUUUUGAACUCCUGAAAAAUUAGUUUGCCGUUUCUAUUUAUUUCACAAUCAGAGCGGAGUUUUGAAAAGCAAUUGUUCAAUAUUUAUUCACCAAUUUAAAAUCUAUUUACAAUUUUACAACAAAUAAUAUCAUAUUUAAUUAUUGAUAAAUAAUUAAGAAACAAUGUUUCCUUUAUUAGCAGUUUCAUUUCCUUCCUUCUUUAUUUAUUUUCCGUUUUCUGAAAUAAUCCCAUAAAAGUUUGUCGAAACGGAGUUACAAAAUAUAAAUAAGUUAGUGGUGAUAAUAAUGGCAUAAAUAGAAAUAUACUGAAAAUUGAGAAUUCUAUAAAAGGACUGCUUAUAUUUUGCAACUGAGAGAAUAGUCGUAAAAAUGUGCUGGCCAAUCCGAAAAGUGGAACUAUAGUUUGCCACGUCAAACAUUUUAAAAGUUGAGAAUGAAGUAAUUUGGUCUCUUUUGAUAGAUGAUCCAAGGAUUCAUUAAGUUUUUUUAUGAUUUUAUGGCGGAUGAAAAAAGUGAUGAAAUAUAAAGGGAACGCAGCAAUACUAACAUUGAAAGUUGUAAGCAUACAUGGAAAAUUAUUAUAAUCUUUAAUAAGUGAAAUUGUGUGAUCACUGAAAUCAUAUUGAGGUAAUUCAAUUUGUGCAUAGAAUCUAGCUGUAUCUUGAUCUAAUAAAUUCGGAAUUAAUGAAACUAAUUGAAGAAAACAUGGAGAAUAAAUCAGAAAUAGUAUCACUACGAUUUUGCUUCUAGAAAAUGAUUUUCCAUACAAAAUAUAAAGUCUAUAGCAAAAUGAAAACACCAAAGAAAAAUUACUGUAGGGAAUAAAAUGGAAAAAUAAACUGGUACCAAUUCGACAGGCGGUUUGACCAAAAUAUUGGCAAAAUCCAUAGUAAACAUCGAAAUUCAUAAUUUUAUUAGGUACUGGAAUUAUACGAAGUUGGAUGAAUAUAUCAGUGAGACAUUGAAAUGAAUCAGUAAUUGCAAAAUUGAUUAUAAUUGUGACGUACGAAUGCAUUUGUUUAGGAGAUUUGAAAAUACAAAGAUAAAUUAAGGAAAGAUUAAGAAAACAUCCGAUUAGGCAAAAUAAAUAGUGCCAAAUUGUGAAAAGAGUUUCGAUCAUUUUUUUGAAUAACGAGAUUUUUGAAAUCUUAAAGAAUCAAAUAUGAUUGGUUGCUAGUUGAGCCAAUAAUUGUUGGUUUCGGAUUUUAGUCACAUGUGUAGAUCAAAUGUUCAUUAUAUUUUUGAGAAUUUAGAAAUCGAAAAUUUACUUAUUAAGUAUAUGUAUAAUCAACAAAAUUUCCAACCUAGCAUAAAAUCUAAUCAAAUACCAAUUUUUCAGGAAAUGACAUGUUGGAUUUGUACGAACUUGAAGAAGAUCAACGAAAUCAAACAACAUCCACGCAAAAAGUUGCGAAAAAGCCUGAAAAAGUCACCAAGAAAAAAACAGUGCUUGAUCAAUUUUUCGAUGAAGAUGGAUAUGAUGAUGAAGAAGAAGAGGAAAUUGAAGAUGAAGAAGUUUCAGAUGAGGAAGAAGAAGAAGAUAAUGGGAUCAAAGGAGGAUUUAAGAAAUUAGAUUUGGCAAGAGGUGAAGGAAAUCUCGAUUCAUCUUCAGAUGAUGAUUCGAGUGAAGAUGAAGAAGAGGGAGAGGAAGAAUGGGAAAAAUCAAAGACUUCUAUGCAAUUGGAAGCGGAUUUGGGACAAUUGGAUAAGUAAGUUUUGCGGGAAAAAUGAUAGAAAAUAAUUGAAAAUUUCCUUCAAACAUUAUCGAAUUCCAAAUUUUCCAGAGAUGCUGAACAAGUCGAAUGGACAUCAAAACGUCUCGCAUUAUGCAAUCUCGAAUGGGACCAUAUUAACUGUGAAGAUAUUUUGAUGCUUGUCAAAUCAUUUUUGUAAGCCUUCCCUUGUUAAAUGUGAAAAUUCCAACAAUAAAUUAUAUUUUCAGACCAGCUGAAGGGUUCGUGAAAACUGUUGGAAUCUACAUUUCAGAUUUUGGUCAAGAAAAAAUCGAGUACGAAGAGAAAAAUGGACCAAGUCUAAAAUUGCCAAAACCAAUAGAAGAAUAUGAGGAAGAUGAAAUGGAUCCUGAAACGAAAGCCGCUGUCAGAAAUUAUUUAUUAGAUAGGCUCAAAUAUUAUUAUGCGGUGAUCGAAUUCGAUUCAGAUGAAUCUGCGCUAGAAGUUUAUAAUGAAUGUGAUGGUUUUCAAUUUGAAGAAACUGGGCUGAAAAUGGAUAUGCGAUUUAUUCCAGAAGAUAUGGAAUUUGAAGAAGAUCGAAUCAAAGAAUUCAUAAAUGCUGAAGAUGUUAACACUAAAAAAUAUAAGCCAAAAAAGAAACCGAAGAACUCAAUUACGUCGACAAAUACAAAGAUAAGCUGGGACGAGGAUGAUCCGAGUAGAUCGAAGAAGUUUUUGGAGGCUUUUGAUGGAAAUGAGAAAUCUGGACAAGAUUUGAUUGUUGGAUCGGAUGAAGAAGGAGAAGAAAGUGAUUCGGAAGAAGGAAAAAGGAGAGAAUUAUUAGGAUUGUUGAAGGAUGAUGAAAAGAAAACAGGAAUGAAUGUAAGGAUUUUUAAAUCGAGGCUUCACCUGAAAACGCUUGGGUAUUUUUUGAAAAAAAAACGAAAAUAAAAAUAUGGGCUGAAUUUCAAAACAGUUGUUUUAUUAUUCUAAUCUAAGAUUUUCCUUCAAAGUUUCCCCCGAACAUUUAUUUAUCCUAACUCUUCUCAUUUUCCAGAUCGAAUGGGAAGACGAAGAUGGAAAACACAAAAAAGGAGUCGGUUCGGAUUCGGAUUCUUCAGAUGGCGAAUAUGUGAAAUGUGAUGAAGAUGGAGAUGAAAUUGGAAUUCCUACGAAAAAGAAACAAGAUGAGAGUGGUGAUGAUGAAGAAGAAAUUCAAGAAAAACCCGAAGAAAAAUUGAAUGGUUAUCAAACUUAUUUAAAAAAGAAGAAACUGAAAUUGGCUGAAAAGAAAUUGCAAUCUGGAAAAGGAAAGAGGAAAUCUGAAACUAUCAAAUCAGCUGAAAUUAUUGAAACUGUUCAAAAUGACUCGCGUUUCACUGCGCUUUUCACUGAUUCGGCUUUUGCCAUUGAGCCAAGUUCGAAGAAGUUUAAAGGAUCUCAGUUGGCUGCGAAACAAGUUGAACACAAAGUUUUGGCUUCUUUGGAAUCUAAAUCGAAAUUCGAAGAAAAAUCAAAGCCGAAGGAGGAUUUGGUUGCACAAUUGAAAAAGAAGGCCGAAAAAUGGAAGAAAAAAUGA